CCACCAUGUCUGUGGAGGGCUACCUGCCGCAGGACGAGCACUUUGCCACGCGCGUGGUGCACAGUGGUCUGGACGAGACGUGUAUACCGCACGGCGCCAUCGUGCCGCCCAUCACACUGUCCUCCACGUACCGCAUGAAGCCCGGCGGCGAGUGGGACGAGUUCGUUUACUCUCGCCUGGGAAGCCCAUCAAGACUGAUCAUUGAAAAGGCCAUCGCAAAGCUGGAAGAUGGAAAAUACGGGCUGGCGUUCAGCGCCGGCCUGAGCGCCGUCAAGGCGGCCACCAUGCUGCUCAGCGCCGGCGACCACAUCGUCGUCAGCGACGACGUCUACGGCGGCUCGACGACGCUCUGGAGACACCACACAGAGCGGACCGGCAUCGUCUUCAGCUACGUGGACGCCCGGAACGCCUCGCUCAUCGAGAGCGCCAUCACUCCGCAGACCAAGAUGGUGUACCUGGAGACGCCGUCGAACCCGACGAUGAAGAUCGCUGACCUGGAGGCGGUGGUGGCCGUCUGCCGCCGACACCCGGGCAUCAUCACCGUCUGUGACAACACCUUCAUGUCGCCCUACUUCCAGCGUCCGCUGAACUUUGGCAUCGACAUUGUGAUCGAGUCGAUCACAAAGUAUCUGAACGGUCACUCUGACGUGGUGAUGGGAGCUGUGGCCACCAACAGAGAGGACCUCUACGAGCGGCUGAAGCUGAUUCAGAUCGACUCCGGCAUGGUGCCGGGCCCGUUCGAUUGCUACUUGGCCUUCCGCGGCAUGCGCACCCUGCACGUGCGCAUGCCGCAUCACAUGCGCGGCGCACUGCACGUGGCUAAGUUCCUCGAGGACCAUCCGCACGUGGAGAGGGUGCUCUACCCCGGCCUCGAGUCCCACCCGCAGCACGAGCUGGUGAAGCGGCAGGCCUACGGGUGCAGCGGUAUGCUGAGCUUCUACAUUCGUGGCGGUCGGCCCGAGGCCAUGGAGUUUUUCCGCCAGCUGAAGCUGUUCACCAUGGCCGGCAGCCUGGGGGGCUACGAGAGUCUGGCCGUAGGACCCACGUUCUCGACGCACGUGCGCAACUCGAAGGAGGAGCUGGACAGUCUCAACAUCACCGGGGCCAUGGUGCGUCUGUCGAUCGGCCUCGAGAGUCCGUCUGACCUCUGCACCGACCUGGACCAGGCGCUGCGGGCCGCGUGCGCCGAGCGCUCGGAGGGCGGCGGCUCGACCGGCGCCGCCGCGGGGGACGGCGGCUCGGCUGGUGUGGCCGAGUGAAGACGCUGCCACGCCAUGAGCUGUGUAACCGAGUGAAGGGGUGUCACACCGGACAAUGCAGUGACUGAGUGGAGGUGGUCUGACAGGUCGUAGGGGCGAGGUUGCGAAUGUAUUUACCGGUUCGGCAUCAACAGCACACUGGUGAUUCGUACAGUAUACGUAUGUACGUUAACGUACUCAGGAGUACUUGGGAUAUGUUAAGUGGUCGUAUACCUCUCGUAUGCGGAGAGUGCGGAGAAUCAUUUGGGGGUGCUGUAACAGCCUGCAAAAGGCAUUAGUACUUUUGUCAAUGCAUUGGUUUUGACGUGCGUGUUUGUCAAAUAAACUGAUGGAUAAAUAA